GACACCAGUUCACUUCCAGGGCUUCGGCGUCACGUGACAUGUGCAGAGCACACACACACACGCUGUUCUGCUUAUUAAGUGGAGUGAUAUUUUAAACACAAACGACUGAUAAUUAGUGACUUAUUCAGCUUUUAUUCGCGCUUAGAAUAAGAAAAUGCAGGCCAGCUGGUUAACCCCUUGUACGCAUGUGUUCCUGAAAACGAAGUGCGACGGUAAAAUGGAACAAUUCGAUAGCGAUUCUGUGACCUUUCAUUCGUCCUGACUAGAAAUACACCGUGCGCUCGUCACGGAAAACCCCACAGCUGUUUUUUUACGCCGGAUCGGGGUCCGUUAUAACCGACACGUUUCUCAAAAUAGACUCCAUCCCGGUGUACGUUCUCAUGCGGAGAUAAUGUUUUUGAGAACGAACAGCUGCCGAGUUGAAUGCGUGGGAUCCGCUCAUCAAUUCGCGCACACGAAAGAGAGUAUAAAAUGCGACCCCGACUCCCUCGGACACCGUGCGAUCACAUCACCGUUUCUUCUUCGAGAUCGGCGGUAAGAGUGUUUAUUUUAUUUAUUUAUUUUAAAAAAAAAUGAUUUAUUUUCAUUCAUUUCCAUAACGUCUAAAAUGCUCAUAGUUAAUUACUCGAUUAGUUGAGUGCUCGUUGCGACUUCUACGCCAUCAAACUCUUUCCAAGCUCCUUACAAUUUUUAUUUCUUUUAUUAUUAAGUAUUCUUAAUUAAGCAUAUUAAGAGAGAAUGCUGAGUGCUCGCUCUCGUUACAGGACCUGUACCGCCAUGUUUGUGUGUAAGGUGAUCGUGAGUGUACUCGCUCUGCUGCUCUGGUCUGUCAGAGCUCACGACGAGCUGUCGAGGACCCGUUAGCUGAGCGUUCGGUGGGAGAGCUGAUCGAGAGAGCCAACACCAACAUCUAUGCUACUCCUAUGUUGGAUGUCUUGGGAAGCCCGGAGUGGCUGCGUCUACCACAAGACCGUCCGGCAUGAGCUUCUUCACGCCCUGGGCUUCGACCAAGAACAAACCCGCAGUGACCGUGACAGCUACAUCCGUGUCGGCUGGGAGAACAUUCAGAGCGGCAUGGAGCAUAACUUCAACAAGAUCGCCACCCUGAACCAGGGCACUCCUUACGACUACAACUCUGUCAUGCAGUACCACAGAACUGCUUUCUCUAAGAACGGCCAGCCCACCAUGAUCCCCAUCCCGAACGCCAACGUGUCCUUCGGCCAGGCCACCCAGAUGAGCCAGAACGACAUUGCCAGACUCAAUUUCCGGUCCAUUUCCUGGUGGUCCCUCUCAAAGAAUAUAACAGAGCGAGGUCUUUCAAUUAAUAAUAAUAAUAAUAAUAAUAAUAAAAUCCAUGACUUCACUCAAACUGGACUCGUUUGUUUUUUCCUAUGA